AUGCAAAGUAUAUGGGGACAAAGAGACACACGAGGCGCAGGGCCAUGCAAAGAAUCCAUGGACGCGAGAAACGGCGUGUGGCGAACCGCCGACAGACGGAAGAGCGAUGGCUUGUUGCUCGCUUUUGCUGGUGUUGGUGUUGCCGCUGCUAGCACUGGCAAAGCGCAGCCUAGGGGACGUGCUUUGGCCUUCUUCCCGCCUGUUGCCACUGCCAAGACAGCAACACCACCCCCAAGUGACCCUGCAGCUGCCUCGGCAGAUUCACCACAAACGGCAGGCGCAGGUGCCUCCGAGGCUUUGCCUGAACCCCCUUCUGCGACGGAAGAGUCUGCGGCACCGCCUCAGCGAGCAGCCGAGGCUGCAUCGAGAUGCUCUAGAGCGUCAGCAGCAGCGUCAGCAGCUGUCGCAGAAGGGCUGGAAUUGGGUCGGUGUAUGCGGCCCUUGUUUCCUCUGUUGGCUGCAAAUACGCGCAUAAUUCCUUUUGACAAUGCAGCAACCACCCACAAACCGCAGAUCGUCAUUCAAGUGAGCGGUGCACCGAAAACGGAAUCUCGGGUGUACAGACAACUCAAUGCGAAUAUCCACCGGGGGUCGUAUCGCCUGGCGACUGCUGCUACCGAGGCCGUGGAAGACGUGCGAGAGAAGUUGGCGCGCUACGUCGGAGGCGAUGCUGAAGAAAUCAUCUUCACGUCGGGAGCCACUGCCGGGAUCAAUCUGGUGGCUCGUGCCUGGGGAGACGCCUUCCUGGAGGAGGGCGCCGAAGUGUUGGUGUCCGUUGCUGAACACCACGCAAACCUUGUUCCUUGGCAACAGCUGGCGCAGAGGAAGAAGGCGCACAUGAAAUACAUCCCCCUGGAGAGGCACACCGGAAUUCUGGAUGUGAAGCGCGCGGUGUCUCUCCUCUCUCCGCGCUCGCAAGUGCUGGCUGUAGCCUGCGUGUCCAACGUUCUAGGCUCUUUUGUGCGGAGGCAGCAGCUGCAGCAGCUGAUGCGCGCGGCUAAGAAGGCGCAUCCGCGGCUGAUCACCCUCGUAGAUGCAACGCAGGCGCUUGCUCAUGCGCUGCUCGAUGCACGUUCCCUGGGGGCUGACUUUUUGGUUGGCAGCGGCCACAAGAUGUAUGGCGGGAGCGGCGUGGGCUUCCUGUGGGGCCGGAAGGAGAUCCUCCAGCAAAUGCCUCCCGACAGCUACGGUGGAGAAAUGAUUGAGCGUGUGAGCUUGAGCGGCAGCAGUUUUGCUGCUGCGCCUUGGAGAUAUGAGGCGGGGACCCUGCCCAUCGCGCAAAUCGUCGGCCUAGGAGCUGCUCUCGACUUCCUCCAAGACGUGGGAUUCCAAAAUAUAGCAGCCGCGGACAAAAAGCUCUCCAAGACGCUGAUGGAGGCCGUUCGAUCUCUUCCGCGCGCUCGCAUCCUCUCUGUCGACCCCUGGCGCCAAGAGCAGCACGUGCAGGGGGUAGAGAGUGCAGCAGCAGUGGGAGGGGAAUUUCCGGCGGUUCCUCUAUGUAGCUUCGUUAUUGAGGGACUAUCGCCUUUCGAUGUGGCCCUCUGCAUUGACCAGUGGUAUCACGUGCACGUGCGAGCAGGUAUUGCUACUGCUACUGUUCUGCUAAUUUUCUGCGCCUCCGCCCCACACGCUGCACUUCCGCGGGUUGUGCGCGCGGUUGAUGCAGGCCACCACUGCGCACAGCCGCUGCACGAAGAAAUCCUUGGCGCCUCCACGGGCUCACUCCGUGCCUCGCUUGCCGUAUACAACACGCAAGAGGACGUGCACAGGUGCAGCAGCGCUGCAUAUUCCUCCCCCCAGCGCAGCGGCAGCAGCUCCACGAACACUUACCCUGCUGCACGCUACGCGCUGGAGGAGGUCCAUGAUGCCUUCCUCAAGGGAGUCUGCGCUUUCUCUGCAGGUUCCAUUCGGCAAUGCUCAAGACCAUUAAACGCCUGGAUGCCGUCAGGAUAA